UUUAUGAAUGUUUGGAAAAAAAUCAGCAAUGCACCAAAGCCGUGAUAAGCGAACCGCAAAAUAGUGAUGGAUCACCGCAUUUGGUCACCACGAGUGAAUAAAACGAAUGGUUGACAAAUAUCGGAUGUGAAAUCAUCUAUCACUUUCCCCUGUCCGAAGAAGAUGUUCCCCCGCCUCCCCCCUGUCAUUUUAAAAGUGUUGUCGUUUUUCACAGACUUUGGUGAUGUGCUCCGCCGGGGACGCCGGUAGCGUCAUCCUCAUCAGCGACGAUGAAGACGCCUGCUACGACUCGUCACUGAUCAUCAUGGAUAUGCAAGACGCGCCGCGGACGGACUGUCCGCCGUCUCCCAGUAAGGUGGACGAAGACUUGGUGAUCACCUUCUCCCGUCCGGCCGAGUUGUUGCCCCAUGCGCGCUUUGAUUGCCCCCGGCAUCCUUUUACAGCGACCGACGAGUGCGCACAGCCCGUGUCCGAGAACCGGCUUCUGUGUGCCCAGUGCUUUUGUUACAUCUGCGACAAACUGGCAGCCGAGUGCGACAAGUGGCACGCGAGAGGCGCCUGUCACUGCAACGGCCACAAAAAGAGCAACCUGUGGAACCGGCUGAGGAACGACACGCUGCUGGGCCACUUGGCCGCCUUCAAGGUCACGUUGUCCGAGGUCGACGGACACCUGCGACAAGCGGAGUCCACGCUGCAGCGCUUCACAGUGGAGCUCCGAGCUCAGAUGGCGUCCUUGAUGGCCGACAAGCGUCCGGGCGACGGCGUCUCUUACGACUGCACCCCCGCCUACGAGUACGUGGUGUCGUUCUUGAACAAAGCCGACCAACAAGAUGGCCGAGCGGCAGCCGUCAUGAGACUGGGGGCCGUGCGGGAGUUCCUCGAACUCUUCUACGCCGAAGGGGUGUGCUGCCCGGUAUUGCCCUCCUCCCCCAACGGAACGAGCAAAUGGAUGAUCAUGCGCAGGUUGUUGUCCGCGCUGCAGAGGCAGAUGGUCAUGGAUGACUUCACGCCAGAGUUCAGACAAAAACUGCAAGAGUUUUACAGGAACUUAACUUUCCCUCCUGAGCUCCAACACAUCAGGGACAGCUUGGAUGUGCGCCCCUGGGAGGACAUCCUGCUGGUGUCGGUGCUGAAAGGCCAGAACGUGGUGGGCGUGCGCACCAACCGAGGCAAGAAGGACACGCUGUUUGAGGACAUUGAUGUGGUCACGCUCAGGGUGCAGCGGCUGCUGGACGGCAGCAGGUUCCGAGAGUUAAGCCGUUACCUACGAGUGGUACGGACGAACCAGAUGAGUCGCUUGCUGCGGCUGAAGGACCUCAUUCCUCUGUUCACGUGCAUGGACGGCAGCUUCGAUUCGGCGCUGGCCGGCUUCCUUCAGUCCAGCAGCAAGGCCAGUUCGCGCGCCACCCUCGGCGACAUCCUGACGCUGCUGCGCGUCCUGGACACGGCCACGGCUCCCAAGGUGUCCUCCCUGUGUCCCGCGGGGGAGCUCCGCUUCGCCGGCGACGAGUGGUGCGCCAUCCCAGGUGCCACGCCGCUGGCGCGUUUGCAGCUGGUCCGUUUUGCUUUCAAGGUGCACAAGUGCUGCCCGGCCGUCCACGCCAACUCCCAGUUUUGGAUCCACUUGCUCAAGAUCGUCCAUGUGACCCGCCAGGCUCCCGCCGGUCUCCCGGAACCCGAUCCGGCCUUCCUACAAGAAGCCGUACUCAUCGUCCGUUUCAUUCUGCGGGACGAGUCUUGUGGCAACCUGCGGAUCCCGCCGCACUUUGUGUCGACGUUCCCAGAUCAAGCCAUGUUGCUGCUCGUCAGCGGCGCCUUGAGUCACGUCAUCUUCCAUCCUUCUCUGAGUCCCAUCGUCCCGCUUCUCUGCACAUUUCAGAAGAACGUGUGGGCUCUGCACUGGUUUUGGAAGGACUUGGUACCCGUCACCCAGUUCCGCGUGUCCAUUUUGCAGAAGAUCUAUCAGGAGCUGGACAACCGAGAAGUGAAAGACGCUUCAAGAAAUCAUCAGUCCAAGAGAGAAGUUCUCUGGCCUGAUGCCCUGAAAUGUGACCAGCUUUUUCAGCUGAAGGACUUCCUGCCCUUCCUGCUGUGCCUGGAGGGUGAAACGUGCGAGGCGCUGAGGAUGUUCUUCCCCGAGGAAGGCCCCGCCGCUCGGCCCACGCCGCUCACCUUCCCGCUGUACCUGCGCCUGCUCGGCUCCGCCGCCGCGCCCAAGCUGAGCGUCGCCCGCAAGGGGGAGCUUUGCGGUCUUGCCGACACCUGGGCCUACAUUAAAGGUGCGGUCCCCUUGCCGCGUUCAGAAUUGGUCCACUUUGCACUCAAGCUCCUCCAAAUGUACCCGGCCUGCUGCGGCAGCGGCCAGUGUUGGAUGAGUUUGCUCAAUAUGGUCAAUCGAACGGAUUCACUCAAGAGCAUCCCAGAACCAAGUACAGACUUCAAGCAAGAAGCCGUCAGAUUUGCGGAUAGCGUCUGGCUCUCCUUCAGCCAGGGCCUCAUCGCCGACUUGAAGAUUCCGCCGCAGUUUUUGCCGCACUACACAGAUCAGGCCAUCUUGCUGCUAGUCACCAAAGCUUUCAGGGAGAACAUCCUCCAUCCUGCCCUCACGCCCGUCGUCCCCGUUCUCUGCACUUUUGAGAAGAGUCUGUGGGCUCUGCGCUGGUUCUGGGAAUACUUGUCCCACGACGGCCGCAACGACGCCAUCAUGGAGAAGAUCCAUCGAGAGCUGCGUCAAACCACAGGAACCCCCCGGUUGAUCUGUCAGCUUCUGGAUCCUUCCGGCAAUGCCUGGCACCAGUAAGUCACGCAUCACAGAAUAUAUCCGGACCCGCCCUCAUCUGAACUGUCAAUCAAAAACAUCCGCAUGAGGACUCUAUAAAAUAUUUUGUUUGUAAUCAGGGUGAAUACUUGACAUGAAUGUGAUGACAUCUUUGCACUCUAUGUGCCUUUUUAUUUUUAUUUUAUUUUGCUGAUGUUUUUCCACUCGUUUCACUUCAAAUUGAAGAUGUUGUAUUAAAAGUACAUUCAAAU